AUGCCCGCUGACUCCUCUGCCGCUGCGAUCGUCGCCCUCGACCCGGCGUGGCGCCCAGCGGCCACCGAGUCGCUGCGCCUUGCGGCCGCCGGCGACGGCGUCCUCUACCUGCUCACGUCACCCUCUGGCGGCGGCGGCAGCAGCAGUGGCAGCGCGCCAUCGCUCCGCCGGCUGACGCUGGCGACUGGCGAGGAGGAGGUGCUCGAGCUGUCCCGCGUCAGCGCGACGCCGGCCGGCCUGUUUGCAGACCCGCACUCGUCGACGUCGGUCCUCAUCGCGCACGCAAACGGCGACACGGUCUACGUGCACCGCUCGCGCUCGCGCGUGCUCGGCAAGGCGCGCGGGCUGCUCAUCACCGCCGUCGCGUGGCUGCGACCCGACCCGUCGAGGAGCGACACGCGCGAGGUCUUGCUCGGCUCCUCGUCGGGCGCUAUCUUCGAGGCGGCGCUUGAGCCGACGCGCACGUCGCGCUACCGGCAGCUCUUCACGCUCUCGCCGCCGGCGCCGCUGUGCGGCCUCGCGGCGGAGCCCUUCGUCUCGCAGGGCGCACCCGACGAUAAGCGGCUCUUUGUGCUCGCCGCGACGCCGACGAGGUACUACGAGUUUGUGGGCCCCGCCAGCCUGGAGGCGCGCCCCUCUCCGCCGCCCCUCGCGAGCAGACUUCCCCUUCCGGCCAGACCUCUGCUGAGGGCGUGCACGGGCCACGUCGAGGUUGAGGGCCCUCCGCCCGGCACGGCGUGGCCGCCCCCGCACAAGGGCAGCUCGCUCGACUUUGACCGGCGGAGAGGGCAGGAGGGGGGCGGGCGGGGGAGCGGCGCCUCGCCGCCCUCGGCCUUUGCGUGGCUCUCCGCGAGAGGCGUGUACUGCGGCUCCCUCCUCUUCGGCGCGCAGGCCCCUCGCGAUUCCUGUGUCUACGACUCGGAGCUGCACCUGCUCGUGUUGUACGGCGGCGGCGUGGCGGCGCUCUCCCGCCUCUCGGGCGAGCUGAUGUGCGUCGCUCGGCCGCCCGCCGCCUGCGGCCCGCUGCUCGGCCUCGUGCGGGAGCCGGCGCAGGGCGGGCUGUGGGCGUGGGGCGAGGGCGGCACGCUCCGCGUCUCGGUCAACCGCGAGGAGCGCCACAUGUGGAGGCUGCACCUCGAGGCGCGCGACUUCGAGACGGCGCUCGCCUGCUGCUCGCCUGGCGCGCCGUCGCAGCGCGACUUGGUGCUCGCGCAGCACGCGGAGCACGAGCUCUCGCGCGGCGCCUACACGCUCGCCGCGCGACAGUUUGCAAAGACCGGCCGAUCCGUCGAGGAGGUUGCGCUCCGCUUCCUCUCCCUCGGCCAGAAGGGCGCGCCCUCCCCCCCUCCCCCCCUCCUCUCCGCCGUCGCCGCGCCACCGCCGGCCCCCCUCCCCCUCUCUCGGGGGCACCGCCGCCUAUCACGGCCGACCACAUACGCGCUGCUCGAGGCUGCAGGCAGACACGCCGAGCUCGCGCACUACGCGCAGCUCUGCGGCGACCACGAGAGGCUGCUGCUGCUGCACCUCGAGCGGCGGCAGCCCGCCGCCGCCAUCGCGCAGCUCCGCUCGCUCCUCGAGGCGGCCGGCGGGGGCGGCGGGCGGGCCUUCCCCGAGGCUGCCGCUGCGGGCACCGGCGGGGCGGGCGGGAGCGGCGGCCGCCCCAGGGCCGCGCCCGCGCCGGGGCGGGGCCGGCUCGCCGACCGGCGGGCCGAGCUGCAGCGGCUGGUCGAGCAGUUUGCCGCGGAGCUGCUCUCGCAGGCGCCGGCAGAGACGGUGGGGCUGUGGCUGUGCGCGCCCUUCCUCGACCCGCUCCCCCUCCUCCCCGCGCUGAUGCGCUACGACGAGCGGCGCGCCGCCGCCGGCGCGGCGGCAGGCUCCGCUGCCGGCUCGCCGCCGCACCACGGCAUCCGCUACCUGACGCGCGCGACGGCGGCCGGCUGCCGCGAGCGAGACGUGCACAACUACCUGCUGCUGCUGCACGCGCGCCGCUCGGCCGACCCGCCACUCCUCGCUUUCCUCGAGGGAAGCGCGCCGCCCGCCGGCGAGGCAGGCGGCGAGGUGGCGGCGGAGGCCGUCGGCGUCGGCGCGCUGGCCACCUCUGGCGGCGCGACGCACUACGAGCCCGACUACGCGCUGCGGGUGUGCCAGCGGCACGGGCGGCGCGCGGCGUGUGUGCGGCUCUACCAGCUGCGCGGCGACUGCGCCGAGGCGGUCUCGCUCGCGCUCGACAGCGGCGAGGUGUGUCUCGCCAAGCAGAGCGCCAACCUGCUCCCGGCCGGCAGCCCGCUCCGGCGGCGGCUCUGGCUGCAGAUUGCGCGGCGCGUGCUGUGCGGCCGUCGGUCCGACUCGCAGUACGCGCAGCUGGAGGAGGCGAUGGAGGGGGCGGCCGCCUUCGCCGCGCCGCCGGGCGACGAGGCGCUGCGCGUGCGCGUGCGCGAGGCGGUCUCGCUGCUAGAGGAGUGCCCGCAGCUGUCGAUCGACUUGCUGCUGCCGCUCUUCCCCGACUUUACGCAGAUGGAGCACCUCAGGGAGAUCGCGGAGGAGCUGCGGCAGGAGGCGGAGCAGCUGCGGUCGCGCCGCCUCGAGGCGCCCGCGUCGCAGCCGUGCGACAGCACCGAGCUCCCGUCCCACGUGCGGGCCCGCACCUGCGGCGGCGGCGCCCUCGGCGGCCACCGCUGCGUCGUCUUCCCCUGCGGGCACGCCUUCCGGCUGCGCUGCCUCGAGCGGGCGCGCGCGGCCGGCCACGAGCGCGUGCGGCUCGGGAGGGCGGACGCGGAGGCCCUCGUCGCCGAGUGCCCGCUGUGCGGCUCCGCCAUGGUGGCGAGCGCCACCAAGCCGCUCGUCGACCCCGUCGCCGACGCUGAGCUGCUGGCGAGCUGGGCGGUCUGA